AGAGGAGUAGCUUUCAUAAACAUAUAAAAGUGACGUUUAUUUAUAUUUAAAUUAAAUUUAGAGAUAAGAAAUAAUCUUAUUACCCAAAUGUAUUAAAUAUGUAAAAAUACGAUAUAACAGAUCAUCAGAAUUUAUUUAAAUGUAAAAUCAAUAUCGAUAAAAGCGCCAAAUACAAAAUGAAACAUUUUCAAAUACUCGGAGUUUUAUUAUUUAUGUUUUUUAGUGUUAAUAGCGAAAAAUCUGCUAUAAAACAGCUACAUAUUUUUUUUCGGCAUGGCGAAAGAAACCCAACACAUUUAUAUAAGAAUGAUCCAUACAUCAACCACACUUGGUCAGGGGGGUUAGGAGGUCUAACAAACAGAGGCAAAUACCAGAUUUUUUAUUUAGGACAACAAUUAAAAAAACAUUACAAAUCAUUUCUACCCAAAUAUUACUAUGCUGAUAAUGUCACCUGCCUUAGCAGUUAUUCAGACAGAUGUAAAAUGAGUGCUCAAUUAUUAAAUGCUGGAUUAUUUCCACCUAUAGAUGAGCAAAUAUGGAACAGCGAACUUUUAUGGCAACCAGUGCCUAUUAAAUAUAUACCAAGAAACGAUGAUAAUUUGAUAGUAAUGAGGAAACAGUGUAAAGUGUACGACAAGGCUUACAGUGACAUGUUAAACUUGGAAGAAGUAAAAAAUUUAACAAAAACAAAGAUAUUUGAUGAUGUUAGGAAAUAUACAGGGGAAGAAAUAAAGACACUGGAAGAUAUGGAAUUUAUUUUCAACACUUUAGAUAUUGAACAAGUACAAAAUUUGACAUUACCAUCAUGGGCUACAAUUGAAAUAUUAAAGGAAAUGAAAAAAAUAGCUGCUAAAAAUUUGGCUCUAUACACAGAGACAAAGUUAAUGAAGCGAUUAAAAGGAGGGGUGUUUGUAAAAAGAGUUCUAGAUUCAAUGAAAAAUUGUAUAAAUAACAAAAAACAACCUACAAUUAAUUUAUAUGCUGGACACGAUGUAUCUUUGGUGCACAUUUUAAGGACUUUGGAUUUAGUUGACACUAUCAAGCCUGGCUUUGGGGCCACUUUAAUAAUGGAACUUCAUGAAGAUUCCACCCUUAAGGUUUUUUAUAUGGACAGUUACAAUGAUGUUAUGCAAGAACAAAUUUUCAAGAGUUGCGCCAAAAGUUGCAGUAUCAACGAUUUUGAGAAUAUUUACCAUGGUGUUUUACCUUUAGACUGGGAAAAAGAAUGUGAUAACUAAUUCAAAUAAGUAUUUUUAUAGAAUAAUUAAAACUGUUUUAUUUUAAAUUUGAGGGUUAGCACAGCUGCUGAAGUUAAAUACAAGUAGUAAGCACCAUAGUAGGGUAUGAUUAGUUCUCAAUUUUAAAUACAUAUGUUAAAGAUAUAAGACAC